UGAGGCGAGCGGCGUCCGGCCUCCUCCGCCCUCCUCCUCAUCGUGCGCGGUGACCGCCCGGCGCGGCCCUGUCACUGUGAAGGUUCACAAUGUCUGACAGAAAGGCUGUGAUCAAGAAUGCGGACAUGUCCGAGGACAUGCAGCAGGAUGCUGUAGACUGUGCUACACAGGCCAUGGAGAAGUACAACAUAGAAAAGGACAUUGCAGCGUACAUAAAGAAGGAAUUUGACAAGAAAUACAACCCAACUUGGCACUGCAUUGUUGGCAGAAACUUUGGCAGCUAUGUAACACAUGAGACAAAGCACUUCAUCUAUUUUUACUUGGGUCAGGUUGCAAUUCUUCUCUUCAAGUCCGGAUAGGAAGUAGGAGCAAGUGAAAUUUGGACUGUAAUGCACUGAUGGCUGAAGCCACGACUCCCUUUAACAUGGCUAUGCCGCUGCAUGGACUGUAUACUAUAUUUAAUGUGUAUAUGUUGCAGUAAAAAUCUACUUCUGUUUAGUUGCCUGGGAAGAAGGCGGCAUUUUUUGUUACUGCUUUUUUUUGGUUGUAUUGCACUAGGAAAACCUGUAAAUGCUUAAACAACGGCCUUUACGUGGGAAGAAAUAAAACUGUUCCACAGCUCCCUCAGUGGUAAUUCCUUUUUUGAGGCUGGGAAGACUUCUUUGGGCAGGCCAAAAAGACCCUGACUUCCUUAUCAAGUUUUAUUAGACUGUUAUUCUUGAAAUGAGGAGCAAUGCCAGUGUGAGCCUCAGGAUCCACCCUGCAGACUGUAGAGAGCUGGCUCUCCCAGUAGCCUCAGUGCAGGUACUUAAACCUUCCCUGAAAGUUGGUAGGGUGGCUCUUGGUGAUGGGUUUUUCACCCAGAAGUUGAACUCCACCUUGGACUGUCAUAGACAGCCUUGCAGCUGGCACCCUCAGAGUUCUCUCUUCAGUGCCCACCACUGUAUUUUUGGCUCUGCUGAAACAUACUGAGCUAGACUUGUAAGCGACUCAGCCUGGUCUACAGGACUUCAGGUUCAGGCCCCCUUGAGCUGCUGGUUGAGCAGAAAGCAGCCUGCUGGGGCCAAGUCUGUAGACUUGCUGCUGAGAUCCAAGGCUGGCCCUGGGGCCCCUCCCCAAGGGACUGGGCUGUGCAGUUGGUGACUCCUGACAACAGCUUUAUUUGGCGUAUUCGUAGCCGGUUGUCUCAACACUGCCUUAACUCGAUGCUCUCCUUAAAGCAAGCUAGUCAUAUGGAAGACUUGUAAGUGGCCACUGUCUCCUUUUUUAUUUUCUGUAGCUCAUAAGCUAUUUCUGGAGGACUGUCCUCCAUGUUCUGAUAUCUGCUUUUGUUCUUAAAGCACAGUACCAAGUUUAAUUUACAUGUGAUGUUUGUGUGAAAGAAACUCAUGUGACAUCUGCUUCAGAGGCAGAGAAAAUGUCUUGGUCUCCAAUAGGUUCAGCAGUGAUGUUGUCUCAGUAUGUACUGAUUCUUGGAUUAAACUGCAGGAAGCUUUUUAUUUUUUCUGGGUAGGGGAAAUCCUGAAGGACAAACAAAAGCUGUGUGAUGGUUAAGUAAAUACUUGGUGCUUGCAGCGAGGUCUAUUUAUUGGUUUGUUGACUAAUACAUAGACAAUCAUUGGGCUAGUGAGCGUGGCUCACGGCUCUGGGGUGCUGUUGGUAACAAGCCAUUGCUUUUACCCACUGUGGGGUGGGGAAGGGCACAGUGAGGGAGCUACUCCUUGAGAAAUAAUGACCCAGGUUGACACUUCCUGAAGUAAAAGUCUUUGUCUCUGUGCAAAAUCCAAAGUAUGCCUAAUUUUUGUAAUAUUGAUAGAAUCAUGUUGUAUCUAGAAAGAAUGUAGCUGUCAUGACUUCAUGUUGAUGGAAAUGUCUGCACUGGGGGUAAUGUGCCUUGGACUGUCAGGGCACCCUUGUGGUCUUGUCUAUUCAGAACUCCACUCUUGAGCUGAAAGGAGAAUGUUUUGUUCUGUUUCUUUCUUUCAAGCAU